UCCCUCUCCUCCAAAUACGGCCCAAUUAUGCGCCUCAAACUCGGCCCACAAAACCUCGUCGUCAUCUCCUCACCCUCCGCAGCCCAAGAAGUCACCAAAUCCAAGGACCUCAGCUUCGCCUCCCGCCCUGAAGUCCUAGCCACCAAAAUCGCCGCCUACAACAGCUCCAACAUCUCCUUCUGCCCUUACGGCCCUUACUGGCGCCAGGUCAGAAAAAUAGCCGUCAUCGAACUUUUGAGCAACAACCGGGUGAAAUCUUUUUUUUCGCUCAUGCGAGAAGAAAGCAUGAAUUUAGUUCAAGAAAUCUCCACAAAGACGCGCGAUCCAAUCAACCUGAGCGAAAUGUUUGUGAGGACGGCGAACGCUGUGGUUUGCAGAGCGGCGUACGGUAGUGAGGGUGUGGAUGAUGAGAGGUUCCUGAAAUCGGCGGAGAAGUUGAUACGAUAUGCCUCCGGUUUUAGUUUGGUUGAUGUGUGGCCUAAGUCGUGGAUUGCGUACUUGCUUGAUUUUCCUAAGGUCCAAUUGAUAAAGAGUGUUCAUAGAAGGGUGGAUGCGAUGAUGGAUAGGAUUAUUGGAGAGCAUCAGAAGAGGAAAAGUAUGGACAAGAACUGGAAAGAGGAGGAUUUAGUUGACGUUAUGCUGAGGAUUAAAGAGAGCGGGGAGCUUGACAUUCCUCUUACCAUGAAUCAAGUCAAGGCUGUGCUCUUGGACAUGUUCUUUGCAGGCACGGAUACAACCUCAACGAUCUUAGCCUGGGCAAUGUCAGAGCUAUGCAAAAACCCCAAAGUCAUGGAAAAGGCUCGACAAGAGAUAAGACAAGUCCUAAACAACAAACUAAAAAUAGAAGAAAAAGACAUCACCGACCUCCAUUACCUAAAGCUUGUCAUCAAGGAAACCCUGAGGCUCCACGGCCCAACACCUCUUCUCCUCCCUCGCGUUUGCCGUGAAUCCUGCGAAGUCGGCGGGUUCACGAUCCCCGAAGGCAGCAGAGUCGUCGUCAACGUGUGGGCGAUAGCGAGGGAUCCGAAGACUUGGGGCGACGAUGCGGAAGUAUUUAGGCCGGAGAGGUUCGAAGGGAGCUCGGUUGAUUAUAAAGGUGCGAGCUUCGAGUUCUUGCCUUUUGGUGCUGGGAGAAGAAUUUGCCCUGGGGCUGCGUUUGGCUUGGCGACUAUGGAGAUUUGUUUGGCUCAUUUGUUAUAUUAUUUUAACUGGAAAGCUCCGGAUGGGAUGAAGCCUGAAGACUUGAACAUGACUGAGGGUUCUGGGUUGGUCAUGAAGAGAAAAAAUGAUUUACUGCUUAUUGCCACUCCGUAUCUAGAUCAUGACUAAUGGUUUGGAUAUGUGUAGCAUUAGCAUUAAUAAACUAGUUAAAAGCGUCAAAAUAAGAAUCCUCUCUUUUACUCAAAUUAGUCGUUAUUAGUAGUACAUUAUACGUUAAUAAUGUGUAACUCUGGGCUUAUGCAUCAGAAUUGCGUGCUCGUGAUCUAAGUGAGACUUUAUAAUAAU